AUGUGUCAAUCACCACUGCACGAUUUCCUGCAUGGCCUGCCCAAGUGCGAGCAUCAUGUCCACCUGGAAGGCUGCGUCACACCUGAAUUGAUUUUCCAACUAGCAGAGAGAAACAAUAUACAACUACCAAACCCAGCAACCCACCCAGCCUACGCCUCAGUCGAAGCGCUCAGAGCCCGCUACGGUGAGUUCACAUCGCUAAACGACUUCCUCGACUUCUACUUCCAUGGCAUGUCCGUGCUGCACCACGAGUCCGAUUUUGAGGAUCUCGCCUGGGCGUAUUUCCAGAAAGCACACGCGGACGGCGUACACCACGCCGAGGUCUUCUUCGACCCGCAGGUCCACCAGGCCCGCGGCAUUGACUACGAGACCGUCGUCUCCGGCUUCACGGCUGGGUGCAAGCGAGCAGAAAGGGAACUAGGUCUGUCAACCCGGUUGAUUCUGUGCUUUGUGCGUCAUUUGCCGGUCGAUUCCGCGACCAAGCUGUAUGAGUUGGCGCUCGCCAGCAACCAUUUCGAGAGUGGGGUUGUGCAUGGUCUCGGCUGGUCAUCGUCCGAGGUUGGGCCGCCGAAGGACAUGUUCCGCGAGAUUUACGCUUCCGCGUCGGAUAUGGGUAUCCGCUUAACGGCGCAUGCGGGCGAGGAGGGCGAUCCGACGUAUAUCAGUACCGCCUUGGAGCUUGGGGCCCAGCGUAUCGACCAUGGGAUUCGGCUGGUCGAGGAUCCGGAGCUGAUGGCGAGGGUGGCUCGCGAAGGAAUUAUGCUGACCGUCUGUCCGUUGUCGAACGUGCGACUUCGGUGCGUUCAGUCGGUGGAACAAGUGCCCAUUCGGAAGUUCCUGGACGCCGGUGUCAAGUUCUCGAUCAAUAGUGAUGAUCCGGCUUACUUUGGAGGCUAUAUUCUCGAUAACUACUGCGCUGUUCAGGAGGCGUUUCAGCUUUCCAUCCCGGAGUGGAGGGUCAUUGCUGAGAAUAGUGUCAAUGAGAGCUGGAUUGAUGAAGCGAGGAAAGCUGAGCUACUUAAGCGCAUUCAUGAUCAUGUACAGAAGCAUACUGUCGUUGCUUGA